UGCAGAACUGCUUAACAUCAGUCUUUAGUGAUAGCUCGCGCUUCUUGCUCGCACGCUCGAUCGCACGUCGCCGUCGUCGUUGCGUCGUCUUACGUCCCAGGGGUUACGUUGUUAUUGACCGCCGCUAAAAUCAGCACAUGCAAAUUGAGCUGAAAAAAGCCCGUAAUCUAAUGGAAUAAAUUUAAAUAAUAAUCUACAAGUAAUACGGAGGAAAAACAAAGAGUUACGCCCGUCUUAGUUCACUUUAAAAAGCGUUACAAAGCGGCAAACGAAAGCGGAAAAUAAAGAAAUACAGGGCAAGUGCGCGUGCGCAGCCAGGAGUGCCUCACACAAAGGUGUGGUCACUCUGUUAUAAAAAUCUCAUAGCAAAAAUAGAGGAAAGAUCAAAAAUAACACAUAUAAAGUCAUACAAAAAUCUCUAUUUAAAAAUAAAAAAUAAAGAUAAAACCACAAACUUUUUAUUUAAGUAUUAAAGAGUUCGUAAAGCCUUUUUAAAGUAGCCUACAUGUGAUAUAUACCACGCAAAAAAAAAAAAACAAAAACACAUACUCAAAUACUCAAAAGAUAUACAUAUAUAUUAAACAUGCUUCACGCUCGCCUAAAGUUCUAAAAGUCAAGUGCAGUUUGAGCAAAAACAGCAACAACUCUAUACGCUCAAGUGACGUUUUAUUGGCGCAAGGUGAACGAAAAAAUACUAGCAAGCCAAACCAAAAACAACAACGGAAAAUACACGAAAAUACACAAAACCUUAAAUGGAAAGUUCACAAUGUUAGGAAAGGCAAACCCUAAGUGCGCAACAAAAUAGAAACACUAAGCAAAUAAAUUGGAUUAACUUGAUCGGCUGAUCAGCCAGUAAAAGCAGCCCCGUGAGUUGAGCCCUUCGAGCUCAGCGAACCCAGAUUACCAUAAUGAUGAACCAGGAUAAUCCAUAUGCGAUGAAUCAGACGUGCAAGGUGUGUGGAGAGCCGGCGGCUGGAUUCCAUUUCGGAGCCUUCACAUGCGAGGGUUGCAAGUCCUUCUUCGGCCGAUCGUACAACAAUCUGUCAUCGAUCUCGGACUGCAAGAACAACGGCGAGUGCAUCAUCAACAAGAAGAACCGCACGGCCUGCAAGGCGUGUCGCCUGAAGAAGUGCCUCAUGGUGGGCAUGUCCAAGAGUGGAUCCCGCUACGGUCGCCGCUCCAACUGGUUCAAAAUCCACUGUCUGCUCCAGGAGCAGCAGCAGCAGGCGGUGGCCGCGAUGACGGCGCACCACAAUAGCCAGCAGGCUGGUGGAGGAGGAGCUGGUGGUUCGGGCGGUGGGCCAGGAAUGCCCAACGGGGUCAAGGGCAUGUCGGGUGUGCCCCCGUCGCCGGCUGCUGCGGCGGCACUUGGAAUGCUGGGUCAUCCGGGUGGCUAUCCAGGUCUCUAUGCAGUGGCCAAUGCUGGUUCGGUGAGGAGUAAGGAGGAACUCAUGAUGCUGGGAUUGGAGAGCAGCGGGGAAUACGGCUCCCAUAAACACCCCGUGGUGGCCUCUCCCUCGGUGAGUUCCCCGGAUUCCCACAACUCCGAUAGCUCCGUGGAGGUGAGUUCAGUGCGGGGCAAUCCUCUUCUGCAUUUGGGUGGUAAAUCCAAUUCCGGAGGAUCUUCGAGUGGUGCCGAUGGCAGUCAGUCGGGCGGAGGUGGAGGAGGAGUGGUGCCCGGAAGGCCACCACCGAUGCGAAAGGACUUGUCGCCCUUCCUGCCGCUACCCUUUCCGGGUCUCACUUCCAUGCCCGUGAUGCCACCACCUGCGUUCCUGCCCCCCUCGCACCUGCUCUUCCCCGGCUACCAUCCCGCCCUGUACUCGCACCACCAGGGUCUGCUGAAACCCACGCCGGAGCAGCAACAAGCCGCGGUGGCUGCGGCGGCGGUGCAGCACCUGUUCAACUCCAGUGGUGCUGGCCAGCGAUUCGCACCAGGAACUUCACCAUUCGUCAACCACCAGCAGCACCACAAGGAAGACGAUCAGCCCGCACCGCCCAGAAGUCCCAGUAACCACACGAACAACAACCACCUCUUGACGAACGGUGGGGCAGCCGAUGAACUGACCAAACGGUUUUACUUGGAUGCCGUGCUCAAGUCCCAGCAACAAAGUCCACCGCCGACUACAAAACUACCGCCACACUCGAAACAGGAUUACUCAAUUUCAGCUCUGGUCACACCGAAUUCGGAAAGUGGAAGGGAAAGGGUGAAGAGCAGGCAGAGUAAUGGCCAAAACGACGAUGAUGACGUGGCGAGGGUGGAGGAGAUCAUCGAUGGUGCCGAGGAUGAUGAAGAGGAGGAGGAUCUGGUGGUCUCCAUGACACCUCCUCACUCACCCGCUCAACAAGAGGCGGAAACCCCAGCCGAAGAGCGGCCAAAUCCCAGUCCCGGCCAAGAUAAUCCCAUUGAUCUGAGCAUGAAGACCACUGGAAGUUCCCUGAGCAGCAAGAGUAGUAGCCCCGAAAUCGAAUCGGGUGAGCCCGAGAUCUCCAGCGAUAUAGAGAAAAAUGAUACAGAAGACGAUGAGGAUGAGGAGGAUCUGAAAGUAACGCCAGACGAAGAGGUAUCCGAUCAAGAGGCGGAGGAUCGAGAAGAGGAGGACAACAGUACCACGGAGACAGUGAAGACCAGCAUUGAAAAGAGCCACAAUAACAACAACAGUAUCAGCAACAACAAUAACAAUAAUAAUAAUAAUAAUAGUAUCCUAAGCGACAGCGAGGCCAGUGAGACGAUCAAAAGAAAACUGGACGAACUCAUAGAAGCCUCCAGUGAGAAUGGAAAGCGUCUGAGGUUGGAGGCCCCCGUUAAAGUGGCCACCUCGAAUGCCUUGGAUCUAACCACUAAGGUUUGAAUAAAAAACCAACUGAAAACAAAAUGACAGUUAUCAGCCACUGAAGAUCGAUUGAGGCAAUAGAAAAUUAGCCCCCCGCUAAGACACCACCAAAAAUGAAAGAAAAAACUAAGCAAACAAAUACAAAAUACACGAAACAAUAAACGCAUGUGAGUUAUAUAAAUAAUACGAAACAUGAAAUGGACUCUUUGGGGGCAGAAAAGUUUGACUCUGAUUAACAAGCGCUAAAUACGAGUUCGUGCCGUUUUCGUUAGAUGUUAUCACAUCGUUUAAAACAACUAACCAAAUUGCCAAAAUAUGCAAAAGUCGAGCGGCCCCCGACGAGGGAUUUGCAUAUUGGAACCGAAAAGUAUAACACAAAUGUUAUCUUUCGAUAAUUUAUGCAGUGAAUUAUAAACAAAUUUUUCGGUUGCCCACAAAGCGGCAAGAAUACAAGUUCAGAAACCUAAAGUUAACACACAACACAGUUAAAUAUAAAUAAAUGAAAAGCUAAACAAAUGAUAAAAGAGAAGAAACUGUAGCAAAAUAUGCAAAAAGGGCAGCUUAUCUGCAUCGCGUAUGCAUAAUAUCGUAGUGGAAUUUGUAAUCUCUAAGUUUCGUUUUCUUCUAAGCUAUAAACCAUAUAUAAAGUAUAAUAUUAAACGAUCUAGCUAUUACUUAGACAUUUCCAAUCCCCCAAGAGUAUUUGUUAGUUUAAAAAACAUAAAUAUCGUUCUAUAGAAAUACCGCUGGUAGACAAAUUUUGUGUAAUCUCGUUUACUCGUUUUGAGGAUCGCCCGAGUUAUUAGUCACAAUUAGCAAAUUUUAAAUGUACGAACAAUCCAUGGAUGUAAAUGUAAAGCAAAGCGCACAAAGUUGUAUAGCAAGUAGCAUAAAUUAUUAAUUUUAAUGUUGCAUAAGUAUUUUUCCUUUUCGUGUGAUGAUUUGGUAUGCAAAUCAAUCGAAAUGAUGAUCAAGAAAAUUAUUAUUGCUGUCACCACAAAUAAAUACAAAUAAAUAUUUAGAUGAA